GGAGCGGCGGCGGCGGCGGCGGCGGCGGCGGGAGGGCGGCGGGGAGCGGCGGCCGCCGCCGCCGGGAAGGAUGCGGCUGCGGAUCUACAAGCGGAAGGUGUUGCUGCUGGCGCUGGCGCUGGCGCUGUGCGCGCUGGCGCUGUGGGGAACCGGCGGCGGCGGCGGGCGGAGGCGGCAGCAGCAGCAGCAGCAGCAGCAGCGGGGCGGUCCCGGUACCACCGGGGAACCGCCGCGGGUCAGCGAACCGCCGCCUCGCCGCUCCGCCGCCAACGCCUCGGCCUCGCCUCCGCUCCCCGAGAACGGGACGCUGAGUUACCGCUCGCUCGUUUACCGCCUGAACUUCGACCAGCCGGUGCGGAACGCCGGGCGCUUCCCGGUGCGGGCCGCCGCCGACGUGGUGCUGGUGGUGCAGGUGCACGACCGGGCCGAGCACCUGCGGCUGCUGCUGGAGUCGCUGCGGCGGGCGGCGGGAGUGGAGAACGUGCUGCUGGUGCUGAGCCACGACCUGUGGGCCGAGGAGCUCAACCGGCUGGCGGCACGCGUGGACUUCUGCCCCGUCCUGCAGGUUUUCUUCCCCUUCAGCAUCCAGCUUUACCCCCGCGAGUUCCCCGGCCACGACCCCCGCGACUGCCCCCGCGACGUGGGCAAGGCGGCGGCCCUGCGCCUCGGCUGCAUCAACGCCGAGUACCCCGACUCCUUCGGGCACUACCGCGAAGCUCGCUUCUCCCAGACCAAGCACCACUGGUGGUGGAAGCUGCAUUUCGUCUGGGAGCGGGUGCGGGCGCUGCGGGAGCACGCCGGGCCCGUCCUCUUCUUGGAGGAGGACCACUACCUGGCGCCCGAUUUCUACCACGUCCUCAAAAAGCUCUGGGCCCUGCGCGAACGGGAGUGCCCCGAGUGCCAGAUCGUCUCCCUGGGCACCUACAGCCCCGUCCGCGGCGGCUUCGCCGGCCGCGCCGACAAGGUGGAGAUGAAGACGUGGAAGUCCACCGAGCACAACAUGGGCAUGGCCUUCGGCAGAGACACCUACCAGAAGCUCAUCGAGUGCACGGACGCCUUCUGCACCUACGAUGACUACAACUGGGACUGGACUCUGCAGCACUUGACUGUCUCUUGUCUUCCAAAGUUCUGGAAAGUGCUGGUUCCCGAAAUCCCCAGGAUUUUUCACACGGGGGACUGUGGCAUGCACCACAAGAAAUCCUGCAGACCGUCCACCCAGAGUGCCAAAAUCGACUCUCUCUUGAACAGCAACCAACAGUACCUGUUUCCCGAAACGAUGAGUGUCAGUAAAAGGUACUCCAUGGCCCCCCUUUCCCCUCAUGUGAAAAACGGAGGGUGGGGAGAUAUUAGGGACCACGAACUCUGUAAAAGUUACCGCAGACUGCAGUGAGGAUCCUUCUCGCAGCCUUUUUCUUUUUGAGUUGUCCCGUACUGUCUUUUACAGGCACACACAUGUAUAAAAAGCAUUUAUGAGUUGGUUUCUGCUUUAAUAUGAAUAAACAUUCUUGUUAAAGGUG